CGUCGUCGUUUCCGCUUUCCGAUAUAUAAAUAAAAUACGAAACUAAAACUAGAGAGAACAGCAGCUCUGCCCUAAUUUGGUGUCUCCAGUCUCGCCUCCUCCUCCUCCUCCUGCUAACAGUCUGCGAUUUAGUAUCUCGCUCAGGCAAAUGGCUGCUGAAGAGGACUCCCUCGAAGAAAUCGUUGCGGCACGAAAGGAGAGGCUCAGAGCCCUCAAAGCUGCACAGCAACUGUUAAACACUCCAGAUGAGGACUCUGCUCCACUUGAAAGUAACACUAACGAUGACCAGGAAAAGAGCAAUGAAACUCCUGAUGGGGAUGAAACUACCAACAUGAAAUUCCGAAAUUAUGUUCCUCAUGAUAAGAAGCUUCAGGAAGGGAAGCUAGAUCCGCCAAAACCAUCCAAGUUUGAAGACCCUGUUGCAGCAGUGCCUCCUCCAUCAGAGAAGAAAGAGGACCCAUUCGUGAAUAUUGCUCCUAAAAAACCAAACUGGGAACUUCGUAGGGAUGUGCAGAAGAAGCUUGAUAAGCUUGAAAGGCGAACCCAGAAGGCAAUGUGUAAACUUAUGGAACAAGAAAAGCAGAGGCAACUGGAUGAAGACAGCAUCAAUGGUGCAGGGGACUAAUGUUAGAAGUUCAAGAGUUUACUUUACACAUAAAAGAGGAGGCCAGUACCAAUGAAGAAUGAACUUGAUUCAAGUCUGAACUAGUGGAGUAGAGUUAUAUUGUAUUAGUUGAAGUAAAUUGAAACUCCUAUUAGAUGUUUGAUGGAUGAGCGUCCUGUUCUAAGCAGUCUGAACUUUGAGAUGACCAUUGUAAGCAAUGCUUAUGUGAAAAGCCGUUGGUAUACAGCGUUUCUUUCGUGUAAAACUGAAAACAUGGUAAAAUAUGUUUGGUAUGAUAAUACGAAAAUUUCUUGGUGCUAGAA